AUGGAAGAUGACUCGUGCAGGAGGGCGGGGGCGAUACCGUUCAAGUGGGAGGUCUGCCCGGGGACGCCGAAGCACACGAGGAGCGCCAGCGCCGCGGCGGCAUCGCCCGCCAAGGUGGCGCCGAAGCUGACGCUCACGCCGCCUCCGUCCAUGACGUCGUCGCCGUCGCCGUAUUACCACCACCACUCGGCUGCGUCGUCGCCUCGCGUCUCCUCCGCGCGCUCGGCGUCCGUGUCGCCGUCCCGGCGCCGGCCUUACGCGUACGCGGGCGGUCACCGCCGGGCGCCGCCGACUGCCUUCAUUGACGCCGCGCCUCGGGCGGCGGUGACGGAAUAUGGCUCUGGCGCGCCUGAGGCAGAAACGGCGGCGUUCGGGUGCUUCGGGCUCCCUAUGCUCCGGAGGAAGGGCAUCAAGAAAAGCGCCGGGUUUGGGUUUGCGUCCGCAUCGAGCUUCAGCUCCAGCUCUAGCUCGUCGGGAGGCAGCAGCUUCAGGUCGGACGGCGUAGGGCUUGGGAUGCGACGGUCGGCGUCGAUCUCGUCCGCCUCGUCGUUGCCGCUGCCGCCCGGGAGGAGGUACGCCGCCGAGGCGAGGGCGGAGGUGGAUGCUAUCGCUGCCACUGGACGAGGCUGGUACUUUUGAGUUUUGGGUCACACGGCGACCGGCCAGCUGCCGGCGUGUACGCUGUGGUUGGGCACGGCGAUUAUAUGCGCACCAUUGUUGCUUAUUGGAGAAUGCAUAGGAAAAUGAAGGCUCGCGUGAUUUGAGAUCCCAGCUUAUGUAAUUUUGCUGGAGACUGUUUGCGUGCGUGUACUUGUUUGCUCAAUCCCUACAGCUAAGGGAUAAGGCAGAGGAGGAGACACGAACAGUUUAUCACUUGAUCAGUUGAUGUAAAACCAGUGAAGAAAAUGAACUUACUGUAUAGUU